AUGGCCCAAGGCGACGGACGGCCCCGGCACCACCGCCAACCGAGCAGGCUCAUGAGGUUGAUGAGUGCUGAGAAAAACAAGAACACUGUCAAGGAACCAUCCUACUCCUCCAACGGUCCGGACCAGGAGACUAUCAACUACAUCAAACACGUACUCUGUGCCAGUCUUGAACAGCGAGAUGGCCGCAGCGAGAAGUCUGUACCGGAAGCCAACAAGAAGCCACUGGAGGAGCUCUUGCCACCAUUGACCAGCUCAAAUGCCGUGGAUGUCCAGCUGUAUGCUAUCAUUGCUGUGAUACUGAGCCAAUUCGUGCAAGCAUGGUACAACCGCAUUACACCAGACCAGGCUUUCGUUGCCGAGAUUGUGCAGAUCACCGCACAUUGCACGCGUGGUCUCGAAGGCCGCAUUAGGCACGUUGACCUCGAAGAACUGCUGCUUGAUGAGCUCCCAGCACUUCUCAUGGCUCACGUCAAAACUUUGAGAAUCGCGAAGAGUGCAAACAGCAACAAUGGUUCAGCCAAUACUGUUCGGACGAUCUACCAGACAAUGCGGCCCAACAAAGCUUUGACGCCCCUACCGGAGGGCGAUGCCGCUGUGUUGGAGCAGGUCGACAACGAGGUCGCAUGGUCACAACUACUGGUGUCGCGCAUAUUGCCAUUGGUGUUGCCGCCCGAGGAUCUUGCCAACCCCUGUCUACACGUGCUCGUUUCAGAAGUGUUUUCUGAGAUGAUCGUUCGUAACGCAUUGUGUGGCAAAGCCAGUGAGCCUUGGAUCAUCUGGGAAGGUGUCACAAAGCUCCUCAACUCACUUUCACGAACCCAAGGGCAGGCUGCAGAUCUGCAAUCAUCACCAGCGGGCCGUCUCGAGCAGUUUGGACUGUUGUCAACGAGAAACGCCUCGGCUGGCCGAGAUCUGCAUGAUGCCCAACGACGAUGGAGGCUUGACGCCAUUUCCCAACUCUUCUGGUCAUCGCUACAGGUUGUCGUGAUGGGGUGGUUGAUGGUUCGCUUCUUCGUGACAGCUCUAAUGCACGGGUCAUCGAUCCCAAUAAGACGAGCUCGAUCUACAGCAGAUGAAGAACCAAAGAGAGUUCGCACAAGCGCCGCUGAGCCCGCAGCCCGUCCGCUCCCGCAGCACAACACUCCGAAAGUUUAUGGAGAACGGCCCGUCAUCAGCAUGAGGGUCUGGCCCUGCAUUUCAACGACAUGCUGCAUCGAGCAACGCAUGCCUUGGGUUUUUGGGCUGGCUUCUCUGUCUCAAUGGAUACUUUUGCUCGGCCCAGGCAGAUUAUGCGACUUUGACAGUAUUCUCGAUCGGUUGAUGGCAUCGCAGAUCCACGAGCGUCUGUCCCGUCCCGACCUCCUCCCGUCCGUGCUGCAAGCGAUUCGUGCCGCUCUCUUUCCGAACAACGCGCUCGCUGCCGCGCGAGUGCCGCCCACAGCCGCUGAAAGCGCUGCGAUGAAGCGCGAGUGUGCUGAGACGAUUGUCAAUAUCAUACCUGCUGCUAUAAGGCAGCGGUUCUUUGCUACGAAGGACUACGACUUGAUGCGGCAGGAUGUUGAGGACGAUCUGGACCUGUUCGCGGAUCCGUACAUCAACAAGCACCUGAUCAUAAGCGCGGUCGAGCUCAUCGUUGCGCGCUUGUUCCCCGAGCUGGCAGAAAGUGAUAUGGAGGAGUAG